AUGGCCACCGAUGUUCCCGAAGAUCUUAGCAAGCGACCGUCGAUCCCUGACGAUCGGCUAGUGUUGUAUGUCAAGAAAGCCAGCCCAACAUCUACUGCAAACUCUGUAAAGCCGCUUAUGCUGAUCGAGGCGCUGAAAAUCCCCCACGAAAUCCACAUAAUUAAGUCGACUUCCAACGAAACAUGGUUCCACGACGUCAACCCGUACAAGAUGGUGCCGGCCAUCGAAGACGUCGAGGUAUACGAGACAGUGUCAGGGAAGACCCAACGAAUGAACGUAUUCGAAAGCUCGGCGGCCCUGUACUAUCUCGCCGACAAGUACGAUACGGAGGGUAUUUAUAAGGGCAGGGAUCUCUGCGAGCGCACCAUCAUCAUGAACUGGCUCAUGUCGUACACGGCAGGGCUCGGCGCCACUGGAAAGUGGUGGCUGUUGCUCAAGAUUCCCCGGCCAAUUGCCAUCGCUGACGCCCUUCAAGUUUUUGUCAACUCCAUCAAAUCCGAGUACAACUUCCUGGAAAAGCGCCUCAGCGAGCCGGGACAAACGUACGUGGCCAUUGCUGAUCGCCCAACCAUUGCCGACUUUGCCAUUUAUCCUUUGGCCAACGAGGGAGUCGCCGCGACGGCGGAUAUAGACUUCAACGAGUGGCCUAACUUGAAGAAAUGGAGUGAGAGAGUAAGCAGCCUCCCGCCUGUCGCAAAGGCCCUCUAUCGUGUGGCGAGAUUUGGGCUGUCGGAGGAGGAGUUGAAAGAAAAGAACCUUGCGGAAGCUUGA